AGGGCAGCGUGUGUGCCUGUGUGCUCCAUGCUGGGAAGGAUAGUUUAAUAUAAGUAAAGGCUGCUGGAUAACUGGAAAUGGGCAAAUUAAAAAAACGAUAUAACUGGAAAGCAAGACAGCAGACUCAGACCACAGAAGUCAUUUCAGAGGAAACCAAGCAAAAUGUGGAAGUUACUAUUGAAGGAGUUAAACAACUAAAAGGAGUGGAUGAAAGCAAUGCUUUAGUUUUACCAGCAAAAAAGGCCAAACGGAAAAAAGUUGGUGACAGUGGUCAUGUAAAGAAGCCGCUUAGUCGAAAACAGAAGAAAAUACUACAGAAAAUUGUGGAGCAAAAAGAAAAGAAAACAAAGCGAGCUGACAUUCUCAGUAAACUAAGUGAGGUCCAGGUUUCAGAGAAGGAGCUGAGUUUGUUGUAUACAACAUCCAAGCUGGGAACAGGAGAUCGCUUGUACAGUACUAAACGGACUCUUGAUGACAGUAGCCCUGGAUGUGGUCGGAUCAGCAGCAUUAGUGGUGUCAACAAAAGAUCUAGACUGACAUCAGAGGCAGAAGAUGAUGAACAAGAAUUGGAGACUUCAGAGUCGUCUGUCAGCUCUGGUGAAGAAGAGGACAAUGACUCUGAGGAUGGAAAUGAUGUUGAAGAGGGUAGUACUACAGAAAAGCCUAAUACCUCAAGUACUUUGAAGAACAUUAAUACAGAGCCUAAGCAAAUGGAAACUAAAAGUUUGAGCAUGCCAAAGCCUUCUGAACCACCUUCCUCAACUCCAGCAAUAUUCAUCCCUGUAGACAGAACUUCUGAAAUUCAGGAGGCCAGAUUAAAACUGCCAAUCCUGGCUGAAGAGCAGGUGAUCAUGGAAGCCAUUAAAGAGAACCCAGUUGUGGUUUUAUGUGGAGAGACUGGCAGUGGGAAAACUACUCAGGUUCCACAGUUUCUGUAUGAGGCUGGCUAUGGAAGUGACAAUGACCUUAUUGGUAUCACUGAACCACGUCGUGUGGCUGCAGUUGCUAUGUCACAGAGAGUGGCACUUGAAAUGAAUCUGUCUCACAGGGUUGUCUCCUACCAAAUUCGAUAUGAAGGCAACAUUUCUGAUGAAACAAAAUUAAAGUUCAUGACAGACGGUGUGUUGCUGAAGGAAAUUCAGAAGGAUUUCUUGCUUCAAAAGUAUAAAGUAAUCAUUAUUGAUGAAGCCCAUGAAAGAAGCGUGUACACGGACAUUCUAAUUGGACUGCUUUCUCGUAUUGUCCCUCUUCGGAAAAAGAAAGGGAAGCCAUUGAAAUUGAUUAUUAUGUCUGCUACACUGCGUAUUGAGGAUUUUACAGAAAACAAGCGACUUUUCCCUGCCCCCCCUCCUGUGAUCAAGGUGGACUCUAGGCAGUUUUCAGUUACAGUGCAUUUUAACAAGCGCACCCCACUGGACGACUAUGCUGGGGAGUGUUUCAGAAAAGUCUGUAAGAUCCACCGGAUGCUUCCUCCAGGUGGCAUCUUGGUUUUUCUAACCGGGCAGGCAGAGGUCCACUCUCUGUGUAGAAGGUUGAGGAAAAACUUUCCGUACAGUGGGAAAAAACUCCCAGAAGAAGAGGAAGAAGACUCACAAGAAGCAAUGAAAAAAACUAAGAAAUCUAAACAAAAAAAGCGUAUGAAAUUACCAAAGAUUAGCCUGGAUAACUAUUCAGCCAUGCCUUUGGAUGAAGGGGAUGAAGAUAGGGAGGCUGGUGAGGAGGAGGAGGAGGAUGAUGGUGAGGGAUCUGAUCUCGAUCUGGAUUUAGGUGAUGAAGGCCCGGAUGAAGAUGAAAAACCAGAUUCCUCUCUUCCCCUGUUUGUACUACCACUCUACUCCCUACUAGCUCCAGAGAAACAAGCCAAGGUUUUCCGUCCUGCACCCAGUGGCACAAGGUUGUGUGUUGUGGCCACCAACGUUGCAGAAACGUCUUUGACAAUUCCGGGGAUAAAGUAUGUGGUUGACUGUGGCAAGGUGAAGAAGCGAUUCUAUGACAAAGUUACUGGUGUGUCUUCAUUCAAAGUAGAUUGGAUUUCCCAAGCGUCAGCCAAUCAGCGAGCAGGAAGAGCUGGACGUACAGAGCCUGGCCACUGCUACAGGCUGUAUUCUUCAGCUGUGUUCAGUGAUUUUGAAGAGUUUUCCUUACCAGAAAUAACGAGGCGGCCAGUUGAGGAUUUGGUACUUCAGAUGAAAGAUCUGAACAUUGAAAAGGUUGUAAACUUCCCUUUUCCCACACCACCUUCUGCAGAUGCCCUUAUUGCUGCAGAGGAAUUACUUAUAUCUCUUGGAGCAUUGCAAGACCCCCCCAAAGUUGGAAGGCUCAAUGAUCUGCAGAAGGCUAAGCUCAGUAGCCCAAUCACUGCUUUGGGUAAAACCAUGGCAUCCUUUCCUGUUGCACCACGAUAUGCAAAAAUGCUAGCACUGGGCAAACAGCAUGACUGUUUACCGUAUAUAAUCACCAUUGUAGCAGCUAUGACCGUGCGUGAACUGUUUGAGGAGCUUGACAGACCUGCAGCCAGUGAUGAGGAGAAAGAGAAACUGAAAGGCAAGAAAGCCAGAGUAUUACAAAUGCAGAAGAUCUGGGCAGGACAGGGCCAGGCACAAAAACUGGGUGACCUCAUGGUGAUGCUAGGUGCUGUGGGUGCAUGUGAGUACAGUGGUCUCACUCCUAAAUUCUGUGAAAAUAAUGGUCUCCGAUACAAAGCUAUGAUGGAAGUAAGACGUUUGCGAGGGCAGCUGACUACAACAGUCAACUCUCUCUGCAGUGAUGUCCAACUUUUCCUCGACCCAAAAAUGAGUCCACCAACAGAGAGUCAGGUGACCUACAUGAGACAAAUUGUGAUGUCUGGAUUGGGAGAUCACAUAGCCAGGAGAAUUAGUUCAGAAGAAAUGCUUGAUGAGAAAUGGAAGAAUGCCUACAAGACCCCGCUUCUGGAGGAUCCAGUUUUCAUUCACCCAAGCUCUGUCCUGUUCAGACAGCUUCCUGAGUUUGUUGUUUACCAGGAAAUUGUGGAGACAUCAAAGAUGUACAUGAAAGGUGUAUCAACCAUUGAAUCUGAGUGGAUCCCUGCCUUGCUGCCUCAGUACUGUCACUUUGGAAACCCCCUGGAAAAGCCCACUCCAUAUUACUGCCCAGAAUCCGGAAUGGUGAAGUGUCACAGGCCAAGCACUUUCUAUCGAGUUGGUUGGGAGCUGCCUUCUGUUGUUGCCACUUAUCCAGAAGGUCUAGAACGCUACAAAUAUUUUGCAAAGUUCCUACUAGAAGGAAAGGUCAUCAAGAAAUUAGGCUCUUACACCAAUGUUUUGUUGUCCAGCCCAAUAACUAUGAUAAAAUCCUGGGCUAAACUCCAGCCCAGAACCGAAGUCUUACUAAAAGCUCUUGUUUCUAAAAAUUGUGACAACAAGCCUGCAUUACUGGCUGCCUGGAAAAGCGACCCAAAAUAUUUGUUAUCUCCAUUUUGCCAGUGGCUCCCAGAAGCUAUCCAUGAAGAAGUUUUGCAAGCUUGGCCACCAGUUGCAACGUGAACACUGAAUGUAAAAUGUGCCUUAUAGACUUUCACUGGGACAAAAUGUAGAUUGACUGGAUGUCCAACCCAUCAUUAUAUGAAAAUCUCUACAGUGGUAUUUUUUGACACUGUACUCUUUAACACGUUUUUUUUUUAACUUAGCCAUACAUUGGAACAAUGUAAAAUACAAUCAAAGAAACGUGUGAAAUGGUUACUUUGCACACAUAGAUGUUAUGUACUAAACAUUGUAUUAUAUGUACAUAAUGGAUACAA